GGGGUGCCGGCCUGACAGAGCAGGAGGCCAGAGAUGCCAUGAUACAGUUUGUGGCAGAACACUGCUGCUAUGGCAAGAAACCUGCAGAGGAACAUGUCAUCAAGGCAAUCAAGCCCUCUACUGCCUUCCAUUACACUAUGGAAAGCUUCCUUGAGAGCAGAUCUACCAAAUGGGUGCAUGAACCAUACCGAGGACAAAUCAUUGAUGGCCCACAAAACGGGUACCCACCCGGCCCCUGGGAUAUCGCCUGCACUGCUGCUCAGUUUUUCAAUGAUGAGGUCAGGCUCAUUGAAGUGCCUCACACAGCUAAAGUACAGAGUUGCCACUCUUGUUACGGCCGUGGCUUCAAGCGCUGCCCUCGAUGCCAUGGCAGGGGAAGGGUUCGCUGUUCCACUUGCCAUGGGAGUGGACACAGGACGAGGUAUGACCAUCAGACAAAACAGCAUCGCAGGGAGACCUGUCACUGGUGCCAUGGGUCAGGACGGAGAAGGUGUAUCAGGUGUGGAGGAGAUGGCAGGGUGACAUGUGGUGUGUGCCAAGGCUGCCGUGAUCUGAAGUGGUACAUUCAGCUUACUGUCAACUUUAAGAACAUGGUGUCUGAUCAUGUGACAGAGAGGACUGACAUGCCUGAUGAGCUCAUCAAGGAUGCAGGAGGGUUGGUCAUCUUCCAACAGACUCUCAUCAGGGUGUGGCCGAUCACUCACUUCACCGACCAGGACGUGAAUGCCAACUCCCAGAGCCUGGUGCAGUACCACACCUCCACCUACGAGAGGGCUGGGAGGAUCUUACAACAGCGCCACACCCUGAGGAACGUCCCCGUGUUUGAGAUAGACUACAACUGGCAGGAGGUCAACACUCGCUACUGGGUGUACGGGAACGAGCACCGCGUCCACGCGCCCGAUUACCCGCAUCAGUGCUGCUGGGGCUGUGUCAUCCUGUAAUCUGGAGGGUGCACAGGAAAGGGACUUUGUUUACACGGUGAAACUGGGAACAACUUGAUCCCGUUGAGACGUGGAAACAAACUUACUUUGAAUCUUAACUG